AUGGCUACAAGUGCUCUCAUCACAUACCAAACGUCCGAAGGAGGUGACGUCAAGGUCAAAAUCGAGAUCAAAGAGCAUGACGUCACAAAGCACAUAAGUGGUCAGCUCUUUGGUCUGAUAUGCCACCUGCAGCAUCCUUUCAGUCAGAUGCUGCUGUUGAACGUACGAGACUCACCUGGAGACACACGACUCACUUGCACAAACUUUUCUACCACGGAACACCUCGCAUCUCAACUUUUUGCAAACGCUGAAAGCCUGGGAGAAUACAUAACAGAGUGCUCUGUAGGUUCAGUAAGCUCUGAUAUGGACACGGCGCUGUCGAGCAACUGUGCCGAGAAAAUGGCAACCAACACAUUGGAUCUCCAAAUGGACAUCAAUCCUGCCACUGCGGACACCUUCAACGAGAAGAAACAAAAGUUUGCGCGGAGAAAAAUGUUUAUUUUGAAAGAGCUAAUUCAAACUGAAAAGGCCUACGUGCGAGACCUACGGGAAUGCAUUGACAUUUACAUGGGGGAGAUGGUGACCAAGGAAAUAGAGAUCCCUCCAGGAAUCGCCAAUGCACAACACGUCAUCUUUGGGAACAUUUCGGAGCUCUAUGAAUUCCAUCAUAACAUCUUUCUCAAAGAGCUGGAAAAAUAUGAAAACAUCCCUGAAGAUGUCGGAAAGUGUUUCAUCACAUGGGCCGAUAAAUUCCAGUUAUACGUCGAUUACUGCAAGAACAACACAGAAUCCACUCGGCUCAUCAUGGAGUAUGCUGUGAACUAUUUUCAUAAAAUUCAGCAGAAGCACAGACUCGAAAACUCUGUCAAUUCUUACCUGCUGAAGCCAGUGCAGAGGAUAACAAAAUAUCCUCUCCUGCUAAAGGAUCUGCUGGAAUGCUGCUGUGAAGAAGGGAAAGCUGAGCUCAAGAAAGCCCUGGAUGUGACUCUCAGCAUUCCAAAGAGGGCCAAUGAUGCCAUGCAUCUGUCCGUGCUGGAAGGUUUCGACGAGAGCAUCGAGUCACAAGGCGAACUGCUCCUACAAGAGUCCUUCAAGGUCUGGGAUUCCAAGAUACCAUUCAGGAUGGGGAAAAACAGACAGCUCUUCCUCUUGAAGAAGUCCUUGGUGAUCUGCAAGGUGGUCAAGGAUGACAAGGGGAAGAGCAGGUACAUGUACAAGAGAAAACUCAAUAUACCUGAGAUAAAGCUGACAGAGGACCUUAAGGGAGACUCCCACAAGUUUGCCUUUUCUUUGGGCCGAACCUUGACAUCGGGCAACAUUGUUCUGAAGGCUUCUACGACUGAGACCAAGAUGGACUGGAUCGACCAUAUUCAGAAGCUGAUCCCGGAGCACACCAUCCACCUGGGGGAGGCACUCAAGGAGCCCAGACAUAUUCCCAAAACUAGCACAGAGCAGCGCCACAAAAGUCGAAGGAAUGGAAAAAAUCAUGAAGAUGAAGGUGUAGGCAGUGAAUUAGAGUGGCCAGUAGGAACGAUCGAGGCCUGCUACUUUGGAGGACCCUGGCUAUUACCUGGAUCAAAGAAAAGUGGGGUUCUCAAAAUAUGACAUUCAAACAGUAUGAUAUACAAAAAGGAACUUAUAUAUUAUCUUGCACACGUUGACAAAUUCCUGGUAAAAAGAAACCAAAGAAAAUAGCUUUGGACCAUUUCGAAAAGUCAAGUUUUACUAUGUGUAUAGAGUGUAUAUAAUU